CAAACCAUGUCUUCUGCAGCACUCGGCCUUCUUCAGGGAUGAAGGUCGCGUAGCUUCCCCAGCAUCGUGUUAAACUUUCGAAAUCCCUUGACUCUCCAGAGGGGCACGUGGAGCGACACGCUGCUCGUCGUCCCGCCUUCACCAGCAAGCUCCUACUGGCAGGCAACAUGAGCUCCGUAGCUGAUGGAUGUGGCACAUGCCUACGUCGUUGCUUAGCCAGGAGAGUCAUGCUGACCGGACCUUCUUCACUUGUCGCGCACCCUCGUUUUCUCCGGCCGACACAAAUACCUUGUGCACGGUACACAUCUUGGCCUGUCAGCCGUCCUCCUCACGUUCCCUAUAAGAGGGGUAUAGCGCGUCUUUGACUGUAAAAUCUGAGCCCUACCCGCGCCGUCGUUCACAAUGCGCUCUGGCCUUACCUCUGCUCUUUUCAUACUUCUCGCUGCGCUCGCGAGCGCAGACAUCUCGCCCGGCUGCGGCGACGAUUGCAUCAACCAGGUCUGCGCCUACAACAUGCCGGAGAGCUGCAUAUGCGACUCGCGGCUCGACAACGACCUCCGCGCAUGCUUGAAGAGCAACUGCCGCGGCAACGUCAACGGCGUCAACUUCAAUCGUGCCUUGAGCGACAUCUAUCAGUACUGCGCGAACCUUCCGAAAUUGGGUGGCGGGUCGGUGAUGUAAUGGCAGCGAGCCAGGGGGCGUAUUGCGAAGAUACUGUACAUCGUCGGGCUGAUGAUGCGAAGAGCUGCUCGGUAGAACCCUGAGCAAACAGUGGGUCGUAUUGUGCUCCAUUCUUCUAUAAUCGUGCGCAGAAGCACCCUGGGGCAGUGUCAGCCUGAACAAUGGCAUAUCAUCCUCGCAGUUCCUCUGCUUUGUAGACAUGGACACAGUGCUGGGCACGGCGAACGUUCUCUGGUCCGACAUUCAGGCGAGGGCGUCUUUGU